AUGUCAACGCUCAGCGCUUUGCCUUUUCUGAAGCCCGUUCACCUGAGGUCCCCCCGAAGCUCGCCCGGGGGCCAGCGCCGCCACACGCUGCCCGCCAGCGAGUUUCGCUGCCUCAGCCCCGAGGAUGCUGUCAGCGUGUUCGAGAUCGAGCGGGAAGCCUUUAUAUCCGUCUCCGGGGACUGUCCCCUCCACCUUGACGAGAUCCGCCACUUUCUGAACCUGUGCCCGGAGCUCUCCCUCGGCUGGUUUGAGGAAGGGCGGCUUGUGGCGUUCAUCAUCGGCUCCCUCUGGGACCAGGACAGGCUCAGCCAGGGCUGGGGACAGAAAUCUCCAGCCUGGCUCCACUGGGACCACCGAACGCCCCCGCCGCAGUCUCCGCUUUAG